AUAAAACCUGCCUUAUUAAUAAAUGCAAAUUUCAGUUUUCACACAAUUGUAGUAAAUGCAUCAGCUGCAUUUCCCACCCACCUCUCAUCUCUUUUUCCUCUAACUAAUUAAAUAGAAUAAUGUUCUAAAAUAUCGUUUUUUCGAUCAUUCUCUCCGUCUUCACACACAUGGACCCAUUUUUCUUCUUAAUCAUCAAAUGUCAACCGCCUCCUACCUCUUCCACCCUCCUCCACUUCCGCCGUCGCCGCCACACGACUCCAACCACUCUCACCUCACAACUCUAGGCUUUGGCUACUCCAUAGCCAUAGCUCUCGGGUUUCUCGUCCUCCUUUCCAUCGUCCUCCUAUCCUCCUACAUCUGCUGCCGCGACUCUCGCCGCCGCACAACCGCCGUUGAAACCACCGAGGAAGGUGGCAGAAGCGUUAACCUCCCUCGCAUAAUCUUCAUCUCCGAAGCCAACAACCAAGAUCUCGAAGCGGGUGACGUCAUCGUGGGACUAGACCAAGCCGUCAUAAACUCUUACCCGAAGUUCCACUUCUCCAAAGAAACCUCCGCCGCGUCUUCCGAUGGAUUUGGCGGCGGAGGAGAUACCUCGUGUACGAUAUGUUUGUGUGAGUAUAAAGAGGGAGAGAUGUUGAGGAUGAUGCCCGAGUGUAAACACUACUUCCAUUUAUGCUGUCUUGACGCGUGGCUUAAACUCAACGGAUCUUGUCCUGUUUGUCGGAACUCGCCGCUUCCGACACCAACAUCUACACCUAUGUCAACACCUUUGUCGGAAGUUGUGCCGCUCUCGCAGUAUGCCGCUGAUCGGAGGAGAGCAAGAAGAUGAGAUAUUUUAACAUAGAUCCAUUCGCCUAAUAAAUUAGGGUUAUAUUAAUUAUUUUUGUGGCUCCGUUUCGUUACAAACUUUACUGAUUUGUAGAUAAAUUUUUCUUCAGAAGUGGAGUUUGCCAUUAAUAUCAUCGAAAUGAAAUUUAGUUUGAACGAUUUGCUUCACAUGUUUAUCCUUUCUUUGUUGACGUGUUUUUUUUUUUGUUUUCCCUAUCUAUAUGAACGUUUCAGAAACAAAAACGCAGUCGCAUGUGUGAAACAUGAUUAAUGUUUGUGUUUGAAUUUCGAACAGUGUAACUUGCUUUAGUUUAAAAAUCUAUGGCACUUGUCGGAUAUAGAUGUUUCUAAAGUUGGGUACAAAAAGAGUUAAAAUAGUAGUUGUAUACUAGUUUUCUUUUUGCCGCUAGUAGUUGAUGACGACCUUAGAGCAGCAUUAUCGCUGACUUUUAACAAACCUCUUAGAAUAAAUAUAAUAAAAAAAUUAUUAAAAAAAGAAGAAAGCUCAAGACUCGCCUCUUGCGUAAGGCUUGGAAGGGGCAACUCUUAUGGCCACGUGUCGCAUGGAAAAAGAUCUGAAGUCUUUUGUCUCUUCUCUUCCUCUCUUUCUCUCUUCUCUUCCUCUCUCGUCGACGUUAACAAUGGAGACUGUCUCGUCCUCCUCGCUCGUUGGCGGCAUAAACCUCACCGCAUCCUUGCGCCGUCUUUCUCUCUGUUUAAUUUGUGAUGAAGAAACCCUGAUUCUCGUUGUUUUGCAUUACCUUGAGAAGGUUCAGUGAUGAGGAAGCAUCGAAUGGGCUGAAGAUGGUAUUGGUCUACCUGAGCAAAUACUUGAUCUCUGCCGCAUGUGUGAGAACAUCCCCAUCAUUCUGUGCGGGAACAAGGUCGACGUGAAGAACAGGCAGGUGAAGGCGAAGCAGGUGACAUUUCACAGGAAGAAGAAUCUUCAGCUUCUGAACAGUGUAGCAGGACAUCUUCUUCAUCCCGUAAGUUGCUUUCCCGUUGUCUUGUUUCAGUGGCAGGGGCGUUCCUGAAAGAUGGGAGACCUGAAACAUUUUACAAAGAUUUUAACUAAAAAAUUUUUUUUUGCUAAUUUGGGGCCCUUUUUCAGUGUAAAUAUUUUUUAAAAAAUUGGGGGCCAUAGUCCAAUGUUUCACCUUACUGUGCUCAGGACCGCCCCUGUUCAGUGGUGUGGUGUUUCUUUGAUGAAGUUUUUAUUUAUAUAAUGUUUCAGUUAAGUCAGGUGAUAUUAUCAGAAAUUUGUAUAAAUGAUAUGGAUAAUGAAAGUGUAUUCACAAGAUCAAAUGUUCCUUCUCAAGUUC